GCAGAUCUCUUCGUCACAGAAGGCAAAGAGAGCAGAGCAGCCCAUUUCUUUCUUUCUUAGCCACGAACACAAGCAGUCCACUGCAGCACUAAGAAGACAUCCUGUACAGCCCAAGCACCACUUCUCUCCAUCCGUUCCUCCAUCCACUCUAUAAUUAUCCAUCUGCAAGGCCGUGGGAAGCCGGCAAGGUUGAAGGCCCUGUGAGUCUGUGGGACAUGUUGACCCUACGCUUCGGACAGCAUCUCAUCAAGGCCUCGGCGGUGUUCCUGCAGACGGAGCUGUCCUUCGCUCUGGUCAACAGGAAGCCUGUGGUACCCGGACAUGUGUUGGUGUGCCCUCUGAGACCUGUGGAGCGCUUUCGGGAUCUUCGGCCAGAUGAGGUGACAGACCUAUUCAGCACCACUCAGAGAGUCGCCAGCCUGGUGGAGAAGCACUUCAACGCCACCUCGCUCACCAUCGCCAUCCAGGACGGCCCCGAAGCCGGACAAACCGUGAAGCAUGUCCACGUCCAUGUGCUGCCCAGGAAGGCCGGGGACUUUGAGCGGAAUGACAGCAUCUACGAUGAGGUACCUGGACUUGCUGAGGUUCCAUGAACUGAAUCUACUGGAUCAGUGAAGUGUAAUUUGACUGAAGCUGAUUAGAUCUGAUAAUAUUCGACUUAAUAUUCUUUAAAGCAUACCAAAAUUAAUGUGCUACUCUUAUCAUCUUCAUCAACUAGACAAAAAUGCAUCCUAGCCCUAACCCCUUACCCUAAGUCUAACUAUCCCUUUAAAAUUUUUGCUAACCAUAACCAAUCCCUUCCCCUGGCCGAAACCUAAAAAAUUAACUGGAGUAGGGUAGGGAUAAAUUAUAAAUUAUAAAUUAUCCUUACCCAACCCUGGUUAAUUUUUUUCUUCACCCUAACGACCUCCUUCUUCUUGCCUAAGCCUAAUAUUUUAAAAUUAUGAUUCACAGAAUCAGAUUUUUCCUGGAGGUGAAAAAUGUAUAAAUGUUUUUGGUUCUUUUUA